AUUCCUAUCUGCGCUAUAUCCACACACGCACCCAUACCCAACAACUUCUCAUCAAAAAAAAAACAAUAAGAAAAUAUACACUUACACCUCUCAGCUCUGCAAUGCCGCCGAAACGUCAAGUGUUGAAGAUUAUCAUUUUGGGGGAUAGCGGAGUCGGCAAAACGUCGCUGAUGCAGCAAUACGUCAACCACCGGUUUGAUAACCGCUACAAAGCAACGAUUGGGGCCGACUUCCUCAGCAAAGACAUCGAAAUCAACGGUCAGGUGGUGACGUUGCAGAUCUGGGAUACGGCCGGGCAGGAGCGUUUCCAGUCACUUGGCUCUGCGUUUUAUCGUGGGGCGGAUGCCUGCAUUUUGGUUUUUGACGUCACCCAGACGGAAAGCUUCGCGCACCUGAGCUCGUGGCUAGAGGAGUUCAGCAUCCAGGCGGGAAGCCGCGAUAGCGUGCUGAUUGGCAACAAAAUCGACUUGGAAGAACGCCGGCGGGUCUCCAACAUGACGGCACAGAUGUGGUGCGCGAAGCAAAACAUGAACAACAGCACCACUUCGAAUGUUGCCUCGUGCGAGAUGAAGUAUUUUGAAGCCUCCGCCAAAGAGAAUAUCGCUGUGGACGACGCCUUUUUAGCGGUCUCCGUUGCAGCUUUGGCAAGGAAGGUGGCGACGGAAGAAGAGGUGGUGGAGCGACCGGAGACAAUACUUUUGUCCUCCAACCGAAUAGAGCAAGAACCCCGCUCGUUGUGCAAUUGCUGA